UAUGCAGACAACUCUGGUAGUGCGACUAUGUCAGAGAUUGAAUACGUAAUUUCCGUUAUCUGUAUAGCUAUGACGUUCAUCGUUUAUAUUAUUGUAUCACGAUCAAUCUAUAUGAUGAGAAAAGGUACCAUUACCGUUCGACCAAGAGAACUAAAACUACUUGCGCACGCAGCGAUAUUGUUUGUUACGCUCACAUCGCUUAUUACAUGCUGGCACUACUACCAAGCAUUCUUGCCUGAUACAAAGUGGACAUUGUUUUCAAUCAAUAAUUACUGGAUAUUAUAUUGUGGAAUGAAUCCUAUCCUGUGCAUGAUCUUUUCCAGAAAAAUGCGCUUGUCGUGCUUACAUCCCUUACGUCGCCAAAAAACUUCGCUCACUCGAGUGACUGCUACCCGUCUCUCAUAG